AUGGCCGAAGAAACACCAAAGCCGUUUCCAUUCAUGCGCCUCCCGCUCGAGCUUCGCGAGCAGAUAUACUCGAUAUACACCAAUCCUGCAGACCAUCUUGUCAAGAACGUGGAUCUGGAAGCGAGAGGCUUUUUCGGCGGAAUCUAUAAAUGGGAUUUUGACCUCUGGACAGUCAGCAAGCAAAUCUACGCAGAAAGCAAAAAGGUGUGGAAGAGAGAGAAUGUCUUUGUCAAGAUUGCUACGCCGUGGCCGAGUGCGGUGAACCACAUCUCCUCCGAAGGCCUCGUACCCAUUGUAUGCACCGAAUCACGUGCCAACGCAUUCUCGUCCCACCACGGUGUCGUACAAAUCACUGCGCCGUUCCAUGGAGUGGUGGCUGAACACAUGGUCGUCAUGCUGGUGGACGACUUGCAUCUUUUUGCUCAGACGUGGUACUACAGUGCUUUAUCGUACCCCAUGCUAAACGAACGGCUCUCGACGAUAUUUAUACUGCGGAAUCCGAAUCGAGAGGAGGGUAGCGACGAGCAAGACAUCGGCGUCCCACUAUCCAUUCAAAGACGGUUAUUAUAUCCCUUCGAGCACGUCAAAGGCCUUCAUGGAACCGAAUUCCAGAACUACGACCCGAGUGUUCAAGCGGAGCUAUCGCGCCUCCAAGCCAAACCCAUCCCCACGCUACAGGAAGCCCUCGAGUCCGCAACAGACUACAUGGAAGCCGGCGACGUCGCACUCACGGCCCCAAACACCGACACGGAAACCUCUGCCCUCCAAGCCCUCGACCUCUACCGCAAAGCACUCCACGCCAUCCACAUACUCAUACACAACCGCACCCGCCGCGUAAUGGCCGACAUGUUCUUUCACGACAGCGUAACAAAAGGGCGUUACGCAGGCCAAACCGGCAUAACCAUCCGCGUUAUGCUGCGCCUCAAACUCGUCUCCCGCACCGUGGCCGCAUACAACAAGCUUGGGCGUUGGGACGAUGCCGCCUUUUGGGGCAUGCGCAGCAUACGCAUCUUGCGCGAGACCAGCAACCCGGACUUUGAGGCUUUCCUGACCGAGGUCUUGGGCGGCAUGGAUAUUGCGCUGUUGUAUGUGCGGACGGGGAUUGCAUUUUGGAAAAUGGAACAGCAGCGGGAGAAUUGGUGGGGUGAGAUGAUUGCGUAUGCGGAUGAGGAGGUGGCGAAAAGCGGGGAGCUUUGGUUGGCGGCGGGUGGAUAUAUAAAGGGUCAGGCGAGGGGUGAGGUGAGGAAGGAGUUGGAGGAUUAUGGGAUACCGUGGGAGAUUUAUGAGGAGUUGUUUUCGGAUGUGCAGAGGGCUGAGGGCAGGGAGAGUGUGGUUGCAGAGGACGGGAGCAGUAGUAGUGAGGGGUGA